AGAAGCACUAGCUGCGUAGGUAGGCUAUCUGCCUAAAUGCCACUCCUGAAAACGAUACUCUUUUUCAAGCAACAAGUAUAAUUUUGAAUAACGUUUCCAUCGAUGUGGAAAAUAUUAGUCGGAAGUUAAAACUUGAUUCCGUUUUCAGAUCACACGCAAUGGCUGGGUCAGAGGCAUGGAGGUCGCCUCGUACAUGUGAAGACUACUGGAGUGAGUUCCGACACUGCAAGAGUCUGUGGAACCGCUUCCAUCACUUCUACACCUUUGGCACUCAUCCUGCUUGCAAGCAGUGGAAAGAGGACUACGCCAACUGCAAAGAAUGGGAGAAGAGCCAUAGCACACAAGCCCAGGAUGCUCUGCAGGAGAGUGAGCGCCACCGUGUGGCAGAACAGAAAAAGUUCACCCCAGUGUGGGAGCUCAGGAAGGAGCCUCCUAAAGACUGGCACAUGCCCCUCAAUCAGGGCAAGGAGGACUCCUGAAACUGCCCCGCCAACACCCUCCCACUCGCAUACAAAUGCCCUUCAAUACCUCAUCUAGUCAUCCUCCAGCCAUACUCUUCUUUGUUCUAGUUAACUGGUGCUUGCCUAGAGGCCUCCACAAACAUCCACAGGACUUGACAUGUCUCAUUCUGACACUCAGAAAGGGGAUUAAUUUACCCACUAGAUGUGCAUUUGGAAUGGUACUUUUUGUGUGCAAAAUGUUUUUCUGAUACACAUGUUGAAGAACUAACACUAGCUAAUCCUUGUCCUAAAGGACAGACAUGUAUCUCCUUUAUCUGUCUCCCACUCCUUUCUGACAGAAUUGUGAUUGUUGGCCUGGUAGAGUAAAUUCUGCAGAUUUAGGAUUCACUGAUGCCCCUUCUAUUUAUGCAGGGAACACCAGAAGGCUUUUAGAAAUGGUCUGACCUGUGGGGAUUAAGCCCUCAAUUAGAAUAUUCUGUGAAGUGAUGACAUUUAGACAUGAGAUCAGAUUCAGAUUGACCCUACAUCAGAUCCUCUAAUGCUCAGUAAUUACAUAACAUUUGAAAUGCAACUGUAAUCUGUGGUUACCUCCUGCCCAGAAGGUGUCAGUUAAGGUAUGUUGAUAAUGUGAAUCAUAAGUGUUCAGCAUACAAGGUUCCAAUACACAAAUAUGAAUGUGAAGAUCUGGUCAGAUCUACUACACUUGAGAUUUAUGAAGCACAGACUGUGCUGUCGUCUCCAGUCAUAAGAAAACCAUACAAGAUGGGGUGAUCUUUUUUAAUGGUUCACACAACACCUUAUUUACAGCCCUAAUGUUUUUUUCAAAAGCAAAUGCAUAUCAUAUAAAAAGACACAAACUA